GCCACAUUCACACACUGUGUAAAUUUUACCGGCUGAUUGCAUGUUGGCUUAGAUAAAAUACGAAUUAUUUUAUCUAGGGUGUUAAUUGCAGUAUUUUCAUCCAUAUUUAUUUUUGAGGUUGAGACAGGUGCACCUGUUAACAGGCGGAAUGGCUUCAAGCUGUCGACACUUGAUGGUUGUCAGCUUAGUGUUGGCCUCCUUCCUCAGUCUUUCAGUUGGUCUGGCUGUCAUGUCAAUUGAUUUGGGAGCAGAGUUUAUGAAAAUUGCCAUCGUUAAGCCUGGUGUACCCAUGGAAAUAGUCUUAAAUACAGAAUCGUCACGAAAAACCAGAACAAUUGUUGCCUUCCGAGAUGGUGAAAGACAGUUCGCGAACGAAGCAUACAACACAGGCAUCAGAUUUCCUCGAAAAGCGUUCUCCUAUCUGACACACGUAAUUGGACGUGACUUUGACGAUCCACAAGUCCAGUUGUACAAAGAACGGUUUCCUUACUACGAUAUCCUGAAAGAUGAAACAAGAGGAACGGUGCUGUUCAAGAUUGACGAAGAGACGUUCUACAGUCCUGAGGAACUACUGGCAAUGAUUCUCGACUCCGCAAAAGAAUAUGCCGAAGCUUUUGCUGAACAGCCAAUCACUGACGUUGUUAUAACCGUGCCCCCGUACUACAACCAGGUUGAGAGGAAGGCCGUGCUACACGCCGCCCAGAUGGUCAAACUGAACGUUUUGCAGCUGAUGAGCAACAACGCAGCAGUUGCACUCAACUUUGGUGUGUUCCGACGAAAGAACUUCAAUUCUACAAUGCAGUAUUACAUGUUCUACGACAUGGGAGCCACUAGCACUGUAGCCACUGUUGUUGGUUACCAAGUUGUGAAAGUCAAAGAGGGAACCAGAGUAGACACACACCCACAGCUUUCAAUCAAAGGAGUUGGAUUUGAUCGGACGUUUGGAGGUCUUGGUAUCUCAAUGCGUCUUCGCGACCACCUAGCGAAGGCAUUCAACGCACAGAAGAAGACCAAGACGGAUGUUUUCACCAACGAGCGCGCGAUGGCCAAACUGCUGAAGGAGAGCGACAGGGUGAAGAAAGUGCUGAGUGCGAACAAUGACCAUUACGCUCAGGUUGAAGGAUUACUAGAUGAGAAGGAUUUCCGACACAAAGUGACGAGAGAGGAACUUGAAGAACUGUGCAGUGAUCUGCUCACUAAAGUGACCAAGCCCAUGGAAGAAGCUCUCAAAAUCUCAGAAAUAACAAUGGGGGAGAUAACUGAUGUUAUUCUAAUGGGAGGUGCCACUCGAAUGCCUAAGGUCCAGGAUGAAUUGAUGCAGUUUGUCAACAGAGAGAAACAGGUUGCCUUAGAAAGACAGGAGCUAGGGAAGAGUAUUAACACGGAUGAAGCGGCCGCUAUGGGGGCAGUGUACCAGGCUGCUUACCUCGGCAAGGGGUUCAAAGUGAAGACGUUCAGUGUCAAGGAUGGAACCAUUUACCCGAUUGUGGUUGACUUUGAGAAACAUCGAAACGCCGAGGAGACUAUGGAUGCCGGUAGGAUAAUCCGCCGCACUCUGUUUGGCCGCAUGAACCCGUUCCCGCAGAAGAAGGUGAUGACCUUCAACAAACACUACGCAGACUUCAGCUUCACUGUCGGCUACGGCGACCUCAGCUUCUUACCCGAGCAAGAUCAAAAAUCUUUUAAGACCCUCACCCUGGCGAACGUGACUCUGAAGGGUGUGGAGGAUGCGUACAAGAAACACGGGGAGAGUUCUGACAACAAGGGCAUCAAGGCGCACUUCCGCAUGGACGACAGUGGGCUGCUGCAUCUAGACAAGGUUGAAUCGGUAUUUGAGAAGAUGCAGGACCCAGAAGAGGUGAAAAAGGACGAAUCAGCUUGGUCAAAAAUUGGCAGUGCUCUGGGUGGGCUAUUUGGUACAUCGAAUGAGAAGAAGGACAGUGUCGUGGAAACGGAUCACACACCUGACGCCGAGGGGAAAAAGGAGGAAAGUACAACUGACAAAGAGAGUAAGGAGAAGGGGACGAAAGACAAAACUGACUCGAAAACAUCUGAGUCGAAAACCACUGACUCGAAAACAUCUAAGUCGGAAUCCACUGAGUCGAAAACAUCAGAGUCGGAAUCCACUGAGUCGAAAACAUCAGAGUCGGAAAAGAAAGAGGAAAAACCGACAGAUACACCAGAGGAGAAACAACGAGAGAAAAAGACGGAGAAAGAGAAAAGUGACGAAAAACCAGCUGAUGAACAAACAGAAAAAACUGAUGACAAAGAGGAGAAACAGAAAGACGAAGCAAAUAAAACGAACGAACGGAAGGACAAGAAAGAAAAGAAAGAGAAGAAAGGCAAGGAUAAGAAGGAUAAAAAAGAUAAAAAAUCUGACGCGGAAAAGAAAGCGGAAAAAGAAGCAAAAGAGAAAGAGGAAGAGGAAGCUAAAAAGCCGAAGAUUGUGACGAUUAAAGAAAACAUCACUGUGGAGAUUGAGUCGUUUGACAUUCCGGGCAUCCCGAAAGAUAACAUGAAAGAGUCUAGAAAGAGACUGGCGAGCCUGAAGGCGAGGGACCAGGAGAAGAAGGAGCUGGAGGCGGCGAAGAACGAACUGGAGGCAUACAUCUUCGACGCACAGGACAAGUUCACCCAGAAGGACUAUGUGCAGUGUUCCACGGAGGAGGAGCGUGACGUCAUCGUCAAGGCUCUGGCUGCCGCGUCCGACUGGCUGUACGAACAACCCGACGAUGCAAAGAAGACGGCGUACACUGACAAACUGAAGGAACUCGUUACCGCCACGAAGGACGUGGUUAUCCGAGUCCGCGAGAUGCAGGAGCGACCCAAGGCUCUCGACGCCAUGAAGUCGAUGCUGAACCAUUCGAAGGUCUUCCUGGCAACCAUCAAGAACCUGACCACAUUGGAAGAUCCCAUGUUCACUGAGGUGGAAAUAACCACGCUGGAAAAACUCAUCACCAACACAGUCGAUUGGUUGAAAAGCAGUAAAGCUGAACAAAAGAAACUGAAAAACCACGAAAAUCCAAAACUACUUGUGGAAGACAUUGCUUUAAAAAUUCAAGCUCUCGACAGAGAAGUGAAAUAUUUAGUGAAUAAAGCCAAAUAUUACAAACCGAAGCCAAAACCCAGUGAGAAAGGCAAAUCGAAUGAGACAGUCUCAGAUGGUGGCAAAGAUUCAGCCAAUAAAACGGAGGAGGAUAAAAAAUCCACCAAUGAAAAAUCAGAAUCUGAUAAAGAAUCGACGAAUGAGAAACCCGAUUCCGAUAGCUCAACCCAACCUCCAGAGACUCUAGAUAUACCACCAGUGGUUCCAACAAUACCAAAAACUGAUGAUAAAAAAUCAGAUGAAACUUUACAGAUAGAUGCUAGUGAAACUGUUGAUCAAGAAAAAUCGGAACAUUCAGAAUUGUAACGAAAGCUUCAUUUAAUUGUUUUAUUUAAUUCUAUACAUGUGUGAAUGUACUGCAGUAUCACCAUGGAGAUGUGUGCCAGAAAUCAUGUGAUAAGAAUUUAACGAGGAGAAACUCUCAAAAUGCAGUGAUGUUACAAAGAACGAUAACUCUUUUUAUGUUCAUGGGAAAAGAAAGGUCACUUCAUAAGAAAGGAAGAUUAAUUUAUCAUCACGACCAAGAAAGACAACUCUGAUUUCAUCACAGGAGAUGAUAACUAGCACAAAGGAAGAUAACUAAGUUUAUAACAAAUGAAAAUAGCUAAACUUAAGCCAAAGUGGAGAUGAACUUGUUUGGUAUCAAAGGAGGAUAACUUUAACUUCAUCACAAAGGGAGAUAAAUUACUUCAGGAUUAACAUUAACAAAAUUGUGUGGGAUGAAGUGCAGAUUAAAAAAAAAAAAAAUUGGAUUCAUGAGAUAACAUUAAAAUAGAGAUAGACCGAAAUAGUAUUGAAAUAAAUUUUGUGUGCUGUUGUCAGUUCAUUACGUUGGCAUUAUUCAGUCCUGACAUGCUGAAUACCAUCACUCGGUGUUUGAAAUAAGCACCUUUCUGUUUGUACUAUGGACAAGUAACUGUUUUCAAAGCAGUUUCAGUUUGAGCAGUAAAAAAACAUUGUUCUUGCACUUGAAUGAAACAAACCAUUUAUUAUUUAGACACGUGAAAAUAAUUAGCAAACAAGUAGAUUUCUAGAUAGACAAGUGAACAGUUUUACUUAUUUCUAUCACUGUUACUUGCUACGAAUGCAUGACUUUUGAAAAACAUUAUAGUCUGUAGUAAACACCAUUGUGAACAAACAUUUAAUGAUCCGGGUUUUCUGCCUUUGUUAAAUGUUUCUGACCAUCUGAGCAUUUUCAUUGACCAUAUCCGUACAGGCUCCCAUUUGGGUUUUUUUGGGGGGCUGACUUUUGCCCAAAUUAAAAGAAAAUACCAGAAUCUGGAUAACAUUUAUUCAUAUUAGCAUCACUACCAAACAGCUAUAUAGGGAAGAAAACUAAUCACUAUGCAUUUUUAUAUGAAUUACAACUAAUUUUGAGUGUAAGAAUGAUGGAAAUACAUGGUUAAAAGGUCUCAGGUUAGCACAUUUUGUCCAAAUAUCUGUAACUUAAAGGUUUGCUCCAGCACUAGGGGACAGCUGAUCCCCCCACCACCCCCUGUCUCGUACGCAUAUGUUAUUGACUAAAAGUACAUAUUAAGUCCAUUUCUUUUUUUUCUUUUUUUUUUUGGUUUAGAACAGUGUCAGUAUCUGUUUCUAGUCUUCCUUUCCUAAGCUGGAUUUUAUCUCCAAAUAAUUUAAAGAGACAUUCCUGAGUUUGCUGCAUUGUAAGAUGUUUCCAACUAAUAAAAUAUUUCUAUGAUUAAACUUACAUCUUAAAUAAAUUUUCUUGUUUAGAAUAUCUGUGGUAAUAUUUAAU